AUGAUCUUAAACAAACAAAAAACUUCAUUUGUUUCAGACCGAGGACCACCUAACCCAAUCACUAAUGGUAUUCAGGCAGCAGUGAUAGAAUGGAUUAGAUCUCUGGACUUGGAACUGAUAAGCUUAUUACUGUCAAGGAGCUGGCCAAUGUCAAUAUUAGAUAUUAGUGAACCUCGAUGGAGACCCACUGAAGUAACAGAUACUGAUAAUGUUGUAAGGUUGGAUAGGAGGCAAAGAUUGCUUAGAUGGGAUAGAAGACCGCCAAAUGAAAUAUUUUUAGAUGGGUUUGUUCCAAUUGUAACUAGAGAGAAUCCUGAUUGGGAAGAGACAGACUUGUAUGGUUUUGCAAAAAAUAAUCAUCCUUCCGUCUUUGUUUCAACAACAAAAACACAGAGAAAAAAAAAAAAAUAUGUCUGGACACCAAGAACUGCAAAUCGCGGCAUAGUAUAUCAAUACGAAAUUUAUGCUCCUGGAGGAGUCGAUGUCAAUGAGUCAUUAUUACAGGAAUCACCUUGGCCUAAUCAAAUGGAGGUUGCAUUCCCUGGAGGAAUACAAAAUAUAUACAUAAGAUCAGCAAGAGAACUCCACGACGGUCGUAUACAAAGGAUUUGGAUAAACCCAAACUUUUUGGAUCCCAACGAAUUGGAGCCCAUUGCGUCGUCUUCAAGAACACCGAACGUAAUAUGGAGAAUAGACCACCCUGAUGGUGGUCACAAAGAUUCUGAUGGUCGUUCCAGGAGAUCAGCAAGCUCAGAUGAUGACCUAAUGUAUGGUGGUGCAGGUGAUGUAGCAGAAGAUACAUAUGGUGAUGAGAUUAACUCAAAACCCUUUCCAAGUGGUGAAUUUACAAUUGAAAGUAUCAAAGACAAUAACUUCUUUUUGGAUUUGACUCGUAAUGUUUCAGGUGCAAUUGUUCACAAUCACGUAUAUAAUGGUGGGGAAAAUCAAAUAUGGGUAUUUACUUAUGAUGAAGAUAAAAAUACUUAUAAAAUAAAGAGUAAACAAAAUUCAAGUCUAUUCUUGAGCUGGAACAGUAGUGAUACAUCUAAAGAAAUUGUUCUGCGAGGGUAUACAGAUAGCGGUAACAAAGAUCAAUACUGGCGAAUUGAACAGAUCGAUGAAUACUACAGAUUUCGAAAUCUUCAGAAUUUAAACAUGAUUAUAACAGCUCAGAAUAAAUCAAGUGAUUAUGGCGGAAAAUCGCUUGCUGUGCAAACUGAAGCUGGUGAUGAAAGAAACUCUCAGGAAUGGAAAAUUAAACCUGUGUAUUUUCAGCCGAUUCCAAAUGGCGAUUAUUAUAUAUUCAAUCGCGAUCUGGCAGAUAAAGUUGUUGACUUUAGUAAUCAAGACGAUUUCUUGGUUCAUGGUCAUAGUUUUUUGGACAAUGACAAUGAAAAGUGGAACUUCACUUACGAUAGCGACAAGCAAGCUUAUAAAAUAAGGAGUUGUCGAAAAUUAGAUCUUUUGUUGAGCUGGAAUGCUUCCUCAAAAGAAAUGGUUCUUCGGGCAUAUACAGAAAGCGGCAAUAAGGACCAGUAUUGGCGCAUCGAGCGGACCGAUAUUGAAUCUUAUAGAUUUAGAAAUAUGGAGAAUUUAAGUUUGACUUUGAUGUUAAGCAAAGAAGACAGUCCGUAUGGUGGACUAAAUCUAAUAGUACAUGAUUCUAACGAUGAUACUAAUUUCUAUUCGUAUUGGAAAAUCAAACCCAUCUUUUAUCAAUACAUUCCUGACGGCGAUUAUCGUAUAUUCAAUCAUAACUUCCCAAACAUAGUUGUUGAUAAUACUAAUCAAGAGGGUGCUUUGGUUCAUGGUCAUAACUACUUCGGGAAUAAUAACCAAAAGUGGUCAUUUGUCUUUGAUGAGAAUAAAAAGGCCUAUAAAAUAAAGAGUGGCGAAAGUUCAGAUCUUGUCUUAACCUGGGAUAGCAAUGCUGAGUCUCAAGAAGUGGUUCUUCGAGCAUAUACAGAGAGUGGGAGUACAAAUCAAUAUUGGCGACUCGAACAGGCCAAUAACGUAUCAUUCAGAAUCAAAAAUCUAAGUAACUUUGAUAAGUUAAUAGCUUUAACGAAGAAUGAUAGUCCCUAUGGAGGCGUGGAACUUAUUGUGUCUAGUUCUGAGGAAAGUGGAAACACGUGGUAUUUAAAAAGAAUGGGGGAAGUAACUUUGCCAAAUGGUAAGUUUAGAAUUGGAACAAAAUCGAAUUAUAAAAAAGUUAUUGAUUAUAAUCGAGAAUAUAAUUUGAUUGUUAUGGAUAAUGUAAAUCUUGUUACAAGCGAAUGGGAACUAAAAUAUGAUUCAAGUAGAAAAGCAUACAAUAUAUAUUCUGCAGAUAUCAAUAACUUCGGAUGGAUAUAUCAAAAUAAAAACUUUUUUGUUAAGUUGGGUAAUAUAGAUGGCCCUGAUCAUGGAGAUUGGAGAUAUUUUUGGUCGAUAGAAUAUAGCAUACAAAAUGGCUGCUAUUUAAUAAGAAGUUUACACGAUCCUUGUCAUGCAGUGGGUUAUUCUGAUAAUAAUUCAGUCAUAACUGAUACAUCAACGUACUCCGAUAAUCAAUUGUUCCAUUUUAUUCCAAUUUAA